AUGAAUAGUGAGGAAGAAAUUCUUAAAUAAUUUGAUACAUUGCUUAAAUAAGUAAAUAAUUUUGAGGACUAAAAUCCUGGUGAUGACAAAUUGAUGGAGCUAAUUGAGAAAUUCUAAUUAACCCAAUAGGCAAUUAUUAAACUCCACAUUUUUUCUCCAAAUGAGGAAUUCAAUGAAAUAAAAACAGAGCAUCUCAAAUUUUUUUUAUUGCCCUAUUAUGUUGGUUGGGCAUUAACAUAAGUGUAAAAUGAGGAUAUUCGGUAAAAAAAUGUCGAGACAUCUAAUUAUUAUGUGAAAGAAUUUUUAAAACUAUUAAAACAUUACGAAAUCCUAAAAGGGAAUCAAAUAAAAUUAUUUAAAUCCAUGGUGGAAAAUGAUACUUUUUAAAUUAAUAGAGAUGAUAAGAUAGCCAACUAUAAGGAACAACAAAUUUUGAAUAAACAAAUAUAGGUAUUUUUGGUUAUAACCACUUUAGAAUUUAUAAAAAUAAGAUGAUGAUAAAUUAUCGAGAGAAAUUAUAAAAUUGCAAUUAAAUUAAAAAAUUAUAUCUUCACUUGAUAUAUUGAAUACUAAUUAAUAGGAAUUGGAAAUACUAAAGUUUAAAUCACAAAUGAGAAAAGAUAAAGAACUUCUAUAGCAAUACCAAGAAUAGUAAGAAAAGCCAAUCCCAAAAAUGAAAGUUUGGAAUAUUCCAGUAACAAAUGAUAUUAACUAUCUUAUAGAAACCCACUAUGCAACCCUAAUUCUUUGAUCCGCACUGUCAACAUUGCUAAACUGAAGCAGAACUCAGACAGAAACAUGUUGCCGAAGUUUGGUAACCUAAUGCAUCCAGACUUCCAAAUAUGACAUUAGAAGAAUUUGCUGACUCAGAAAUGAAAGUAUUAUUAUUAAUAGAGUCUAGUUUGCCAAAGAUUAAGAAACAAAAAUGAAAAAAGCACAAGAAGAAUAGCAAAAAUUAGAAUAGGAUAAGGAUGAUGAUAAAGAUUAUUGGGCAGAUUAGUAAACAUUAAAAGAUAGAAAUUGGGAUGAUUGGAAAGAUGACAAUGAAAAAGGAGCUGGUAAUAAGAUGGGAAGAUGA